UUGAAAUUUGAGACCCCCCCCCUCUCUCUUUCUCAUGCAAGCAAAAAAACCUGUUGUAAUAAUGUUCACCAGAAAAAAUCCUUUACCACCUGCCAACACAGCCAUCUUCUUCUUCUUGCUUAUAGUCUUCCACGGCCCUAGCCAUGCUGCUAGUCCAAUCAAAACCAUCGUCGUCCUAGUGAUGGAGAACCGGUCGUUUGAUCACAUGCUAGGAUGGAUGAAGAAAAUCAACCCGGAAAUCAACGGUGUCGACGGAACUGAAUGGAACCCUUUGUCCACUACUGAUCCAAACUCCAAAAAGUUGUUCUUCCAGAACCAAGCUCAGUUCGUGGACCCUGAUCCUGGUCACUCAUUUCAAGCCACAAGGGAGCAGAUUUUCGGGUCCAAUGAUACCUCCGCUAACCCUCCGCCGAUGAAUGGCUUCGCUCAACAAGCGUACUCCAUGGACCAAUCUACCAAUAUGUCUCAGAGUGUUAUGAAUGGUUUUGAGCCCGAAAUGGUUGCUGUGUACAAGGCUCUUGUAUCAGAAUUCGCUGUCUUUGACAGGUGGUUCGCCUCCGUGCCAUCAUCCACGCAACCAAAUCGUCUCUACGUCCACUCGGCGACAUCCGCCGGAGCAACGAGCAACAUUCCGUCACUCCUCGUAAAGGGCUAUCCACAAAGAACAAUCUUCGAGAACCUGGAUGACGCCGGAAUAUCAUGGGGAAUAUACUACCAGAACAUACCAGCCACAUUGUUUUACAAAAACCUUAGGAAGCUCAAAUACUUGCUUAGGUUUCGUCCUUACGGUCUGACCUUCAAAAAACAUGCAAGAGACGGUAAGUUGCCGGGCUACGUUGUGGUGGAGCAGCGGUACAUGGACACUAAGCUGGACCCAGCCAACGACGAUCAUCCGUCCCACGAUGUGUAUCAAGGGCAGAUGUUUGUGAAGGAGGUGUACGAGACAUUGAGGGGUAGCCCGCAGUGGAAUGAAACUUUGUUGAUCAUCACAUAUGAUGAGCAUGGAGGGUUCUUUGAUCAUGUGGCUACGCCUGUUAGUGGGGUCCCUAGCCCUGACGGGAUUGUGGGGCCUGACCCUUUCUUCUUCAAGUUUGAUAGAUUGGGGGUUAGGGUUCCUACUAUCAUGGUCUCUCCUUGGAUUGAUAAGGGCACUGUUGUUCAUGGGCCAAGCGGAAGACCAUUUCCAACUUCAGAAUUUGAGCACUCAUCAAUUCCAGCAACAGUGAAGAAGGUCUUCAACCUGUCCUCUCCAUUCCUGACCAAGAGGGACGAAUGGGCUGGCACUUUUGAAUCGAUUGUCCAAACUCGGACAGAGCCCAGAACUGAUUGUCCAGAACAACUCCCAACUCCGGCGAGGAUCAGGCAAGGUGAGGCAAAUGAAGAGGCCAAGCUUAGCGAGUUCCAGCAAGAGCUGCUGCAGCUGGCGGCGGUGCUCAAGGGAGAUCAUAUCCUCACAAGUUACCCAGACGAGAUAGGAAAGGAAAUGAGCGUCGAGCAAGGGAAAGAGUACAUGGAAGAUGCUGUUAAACGAUUCUUUGACGCUGGACGUUCUGCUAAGAAAAUGGGUGUUGAUGGAGAACAAAUUGUUCAAAUGAAGCCAUCCCUAACUACAAGAUCAUCUCAACCUUCAUCUCCACACCCAUAAGGAGAAGUCUAUACAUACUUAGGAGAUAAAGCAAAACAAAUGUGAAGAAAUAUAGCAAUGGUUCUUUUAUAUAUAUACAAAAAUUGGAGAAAGCUAGAGAUAACACAAACUCCUUUGUAUUAUACAGAGGCGUUUGUCUAAUUUGCAUGAGCUUGAUUUUGUUUAAGUUAAAUAUGCAAAGGCUUUUUCAAA